GGUUAGUAAAGCCAUUCAUGAUUUUUUUGAUCAAGAAGGAUUUUAUUAUGUUCCUACCCCAAUUAUAACUAGCAACGAUGCCGAAGGAACUGGAGCAACUUUUAACCUUACUACUAACCAGAAAAAGUCUUUUUUCUCUAAACCAGCCCAAUUAACGGUUAGUGGACAACUUCAUGCCGAAGCCCUGGCUCAAGGCUUAGGCAAAGUUUACACUUUCUCACCCUGCUUUCGAGCGGAAAAGUCUCAUACUACUCGCCAUUUGGCAGAUUCAGUGCUUGCUAAUUGCUCCGAAGAAUUAAAGUAUUUUGAAAAGUAUCAAGCACCGGAAAUUAUUCCCAAGUUAGUAGCGAUUACUAAAAAAGAAUUUGCUAAAAUAGAUUACACUCAAGCGAUUAAAAUUUUAAAAAAAGUGGCUAAAAAAUUUACUUCUGGCUCGCGUAUGUCCAUAGUCCAUACCAUGAUUAAGAACUUUUAUGACAAGUACAGCCAGGCUACUUUUGAAGCCGAAAAAAGUAUUUUAUCCAGUCAAGAAAAAGAAAUUAGAAAACAG